AUGAGCUCCGAUUUACCGCCCAAACGCGUCUUCACGAGUCAAGUGCACUCUUCCAGAUCUUCUUCUUUCACGGCAUCUUCAACGAGCCUAUCCCUUUCUGUUUCCAACCACGCGCGCUGGCACUGGCACCGCUACGCCAGCAUCUCAGAUGACUUGACCACACGACUGCAGAACGUGGGAUCGCGUGUUCGAAAGAGCGUGACAGAGGGCUAUAUUACCGAUCGCUCCGACUCCGCUCAGUCGUCAGGCAGGGCAUUCAAUAGGACAACCUCACAACCUCACACCUCUUUCAGCGGCUAUCCUAUCUUCCAAUCGUCUUUCGACACCCUACGGGCUGUGUACGCUCACCCAAAUAUCACGGGAAUACCAGAUGGUCCGUCCGUCCUUAAACGCCCAAGGGGAGGCGCAAUGAUAGACGAAGAAGUGUCUGGGGAGCUCGAUGAUGAUCAGGAAAUGGAGAAGGGUGCUGUGCGGAGUGAUAGCGAGUUGAAGGCUGCUAUGACAUCCGAGAACACCGCGGUACUGCGACCCAUGAAACCGCUCCGACGCACAGCUAGGCCGUUCAGGCAAACCCAAUCUCUCCCUGCUGCCGCCUUUGGCUCCUCGCUUGUUUCUGGUAAUCAGAAGGGCGCGGGCUUCUUUACCAAAGGCUCUUGUCAUGAGGAAGAAGACGAUUGGAGCGCCGCGAAUUUUCCAGACUCACAGGGACAGAGUUCUCCUAGAGAACACUCCGUCGCCAUGAACUCUUACAUGGCGCCGAGCUACUUUCCGUAUUCGUAUCCCAGUCACCGGGUUCCAUAUGCAUACGAUACACGCGACCAAUUGCAGAUCGACGCAAGGCGCAACACUUUGGGCGGUAGCACCGUAAGGUCGAGCGACACAUAUUGGAGCAUGCCCGUCACCAAAUACUGGCCGAGUGAGCCGACAAGGAGGCCCUCGAAUGAUUUUCUCGCGGACACGUGUAGUGAUAGUAGCGUCUAUGGCAAUGAUCAUCUCCGUCAGGCAAUGGAUGCCUCUGCCUCUCCAAGGUCGGAGCGUCCUGCCCAGCCUUCAGUCAUCAAGGUGCACUCGGAGUCAAAGUCGGCCAAAAGACAACCAAGUCGGGUCGCGAAGACCGCAGCAAAAGACAAAAAUGCUUGCAUUGUCUCUAAGAAGAGGAAGAGCGUCGACUGUGAAGACGAGGAAGAUGAACUCAGCGAUGAGGACUGUCAGCGUAAUUAUUACAAAAAUGGCGUCAAGCUGGAGGUCAUUAAGCUUCCCGUCGACUACGACACGGAAGAAUGGCUGAAGUCCAUCGCGACGUCCGACAGCGAUAAGGGCCCAUGGGGUUGCACGUGGAAUACCAGGCAGAAUGGUCGGCGCAUGACAUGCGCGUAUGCCUCAAAGAGGCAUCUGGUCAAGCGUCACAUCGAGGCCACUCACCUCCACAUCAAGUAA